AUGGAUAUGGCGUUAAGCAUAUCCGGGGUUGCGUUGGCUCUUCCGGGAUUGAUUCAAGUUAGCUUGGAGUUCCAUUCACGCGUCUCAGAGAUUUUCCAGUCUUAUCUCAAGGCUGUCACAGAGGCCCAAGACCAAUGGCUCCUCUUAGACAUCCACCUGAGCGAAGUAGAAGCCGAUCUUCUAUUCCUUCGGCUCAACGCAAACACCUUUCAACCCGAUAUCCAAACUCGACUCAAAGCCAUCCUGCGACUUCUCAACAAAAGUCUUGGGGAAGUCAUUGAAGCUUUCCACAACGCGGUGGAUGCAACCGGUCAAGUAGGCCGACUAAAAUGGACGCUGGUAGUAAAACCCAGAUUGGCUCGCCUGGUGCCUGAAAUAGAGUCGUGGCAGAGGCGAUUUAUGGAUUAUAUUCAGCUUUUGCGCUUUACGGGGUAUGGGUUUCUGCAACAGGCCGAUGCUGGGGUGGAGGAAAAGAAAAGUCCCUCGGCGGCUGAUAGAUUGAGUCGAGAUAUUCUUCACGCGCGUGUUGAAGAAGUUCCGAUUGAUGCGCUGGAGAUUCCACCGUUGCAAAACACUCAAGAUAAUGCUGACCGGACAGAAGCCCUCGGCCACACAGACACAAAACUAAUCUGGACCUCAAAUGCGCUGAAUGGCGACAACAUUCUCGUCGAAUGUCGGACGCACGGCAUAAAUGCAAACAUCGCGCAACUCAAACUAUCAGCCAGCAAAGUUGCCCAGAUCCUUGCCGCUGCCGGGUCACAAGCUCUGAUGACUCAUGUUUUGCAAUCCGUAGGAUAUGCAUAUUCACCUUCACCAAAACGGGAGGUUCAGCUAUUUCUUAAAUAUCCGGCUGGUCUUGAUAUGCCGAAAACUCUUCGAUGGGCUCUUACCAUGACACCUCUCCCUUCUAUUAAUACGAGGCUAGAGUUGUGUCGACAACUCGCCACAGCAAUCUUUUAUACGCAUACGUCAGGGUUGGUUCAUAAAUCAAUACGACCAGAGUCAAUUCUUAUUUUUCAAGAACAACAAUCUCCUGAACAUGCCAACCUGAAGAAAGAUUCUACAGGAGUCCUCUUCCUAACCGGGUUCCAACUCGCCCGAGAAGCCACACCAAAUACUGUAAGCAGUACGCAAGGAAACCAAAACUGGGAAUACGAUAUCUACACCCAUCCUUCUCGCCACACCCCCGGCACACGCUACACCAUGGCGCACGACAUUUAUUCUCUCGGGAUAAACCUCCUCGAAAUCGCAUUAUGGGGUUCAUUCCUCAUCUUCGACACCCACGAACGAGCACGUAUAUUCAACAAUGAAGCUCUCGAAGGCGGUCGACUCAUCUGUGAUAAUCUCAAAGCUGGUGAUAAAGAAGCCGGUCAACGCAUGAAACAGUUGUAUGAAAUGGCUGCAAAGGCGUUACUGCCUAUAUCGAUGGGAUGCCGUUUUCGGGAUAUUGUGCUUGAUUGUUUGGGGGCAGUGGAACGGGGGUUUGGGAAUGUCGAUGAGGAUAGUAUAGAGAAGACGCAGAACGAGGAAGAAGAGAGGAUUGGGUUGGAGUAUAUUGAUAAAGUGCUUGAAGGGUUGGAAGAGAUUCGAGUUUGA